AUGCCUGGUCCAACGCCUCCAGCUCGUCCGGCGCUGGCGCAAAGGCCAGCCAGGGUGGCUCAGGAUCAGGGGACUUUGGGCUCAGCCGCCUAUUAUGCUGCUUGGCAGCAUGCCCAGGCGACUGGCGAUGAUAGCGACUGGAAGCAAUUCCAAUUCAAGCGCCGCAUUGGCUGGAAGCCUUCCGAGGAUCUCGAGGAUGUCAAGGAGGAGCGCAGUGUUUCGCCCGAUUUGCCUCAUCCCACCAAGGCUGCCGUCAACGAGAACGUCAGCGCCCAAGUCGAGGAGGCCGUCGCCCGCGAGAUUCAAAUUCAGGAGGAACAAGCCCAAGCCGAGGAGACAUUAGAAGCAACCGAACCAGUCACCGAGUCCGCCGUCGAGGAAGCUGUUUUGUCGUCGGAAGCCGCCUCGGAGGCCCAGAUCGCGUCGGAUCACAUUGUACUGUUGUCUCUGGAGAAGAAAUAUGCUGAAAUCCCCGUUGCAUUCGAGACCCUCCUCCGUGAUGGCCUCAUCCCAACCGUGGAGGCAUACAAUGCUCUUCUGGUCGCUGCCAUCCGUCUUCACCCCGAAGCUGCCCAAGCAAUCCCCAAGGCGCUAGACGUCUACUCUGAUAUGCUGCGUCGCAGGGUAAUUCCCGAUGAAGACACCUAUCAAACCCUCGUUGAGCUGCUCAUCGCCCAGGCGCAUGAGACAAUUGAUGCCAAGGAAGUUUUGGAACAGGAACGGGCUCGCUAUGGCGGUAUGGAAGAACAGGGCAAAUUCAUGCUUCAGUCGAGCGAACUGGAACGCGAGAUCCUUGCUGAGGACCACUCCCUGGCCAUCGCUGUGAAACUCUUCAACACUGCUAUCACUCGUCACUCACGACUAGCCUUGCCCGUCAACCUUUACCGCCAGCUCAUCAUCGCUUGUGCUCGUGAGGGCAAGGUCGAGGACAUGAUUCGCAUCUACUCUCACAUGGAAAAGCAGGAUGUCACACCGCACGCGACCAUCUUCCCGUACAUGAUCGACGCUUUCGCUGGCGUCGGUGACCUCAAGAGCGCGGUCGAAUGCUACAACGAAUACCGAUCUCUGGCCGUCUCCGAUGACAGUGGUAUCUUCAGCAUCGUCAAGCGCCUUGAUGGAGAAGUUUAUGCUGCUCUCAUCCGUGCUUAUCUGACCUGUGGCAAGGAAGAAGGUGCUCUGAACUUCCUAGACCGAAUUCGCUCCUCGUUUAAUGAGGUGACGGAGAACCGCGAGGGUCGAUGGGGGGCCGUCGAAGAAGUUAUCAUUCAGGACGGUCUGGUACAACACUCGCUGAAGGCUGGUGACUACAGCAUCGCCUUGGAGCAGGCCAAGACCCAGUUGCAUGAUGAGGCCCGCGAUCAGGCCAUUUCUCAAAUUUGCAUUGCGGCGGCCGAUGCUGGCGAUCUCACCACCGCUUCCGAGGCCUACGAUCGUCUUUCGACUGCGCCUGCCAUUCGCCAAACACCCGCCAUCUCACUUCUUGCGCUCAAUAUUCGCCGGGGGAAUGUUUCGGCGGCGCGUUCCUUGUGGAUUAUGUUGAACACGGUGGGUCAGGCAACCCCGGAUAUGGUUCAGCCGACCGCCAUGUACGCGGUUGCCCAACUGAAGUCUGGCCAUGUUGACGAGGGUCUCCACGAGGCGCGUAACAUGUUCACCCGUAUUCGCAACGCUUCUGCCAAACAAUCCACCGUCAGCGCUUCCACCCAGGAACAGGUCACCGAAUCGCUUCACCUCUUCGGUCGUGUCCUGAUGCAGACGGCCGCUGUUCUCUCGCCUCAAUCUUGCAUGACCCUCCUGUGGUCCAUGGUUGAGAACGGCGGUCUUGUUUCCCCUCUGGCCGAACAUGCCGUUGCCAACCUGGGUCCUCAGGGCAUCUCGAACAUGAGCCCUGCUGACCUCACCCUGGCCCUCCAGGUUCAGGCCGGUAUGCUGGCUAACAAUAGCGCUAUGCUGUUUGACGUCGCUCACCCUGUCCGCUUCGCUCACAUGCUCGACGUCGCUCUGGCGGCUUCGCUCCCACUUGAUGCCUAUACCUCGAACCUGGUGGACCAAGCUGUCGCCAAGCUAUUCACUAGCCGCCCCGAUAUCGUCAAGAAGUGGCAGGACCACCUCGAAGCCUCCUCUCAGGGCUCCAUGGUUUCUGACCGCCGUAGCCCUGUCUCUAUGGCUGAAACUUCGAUCACGACUCCUUCAUCCAGCUCCGACUCCUUCGACCCGUAUGCCCAUGCCACCGACUUUCGUGGGUCUGCCAUCAUCGCGGAGGAGCUUGAGAAGACCACUGGCCGAGCCGAUACUCACCUCAAUGAGGCACUGAUUCGUCUGAAGAACAUGCGUCGGAUUGGUCGUCACCCUCGCUACAUCACAUACGCGAAGUUGAUCACUGCUGCUGCUAAGGUUGGCCGGAUGGACUUGGUUCAUGACAUCCACGCCAUGGCGUGUGCUGAUGUUCCUCUGACUCCCGCUCACAACGCCGUCAAGUAUGGUUGGGUUUCUAUUCUGGAUGCCAUGGUUGCUGCUUGCCUCACCGUUGGAGAUCGUCACCUCGCUGGUCAAUUCCACCAGGAGCUGCUUGGUCUGGGCUCUGCCCCCUCUGCCAACACCUUUGGUCUGUACAUCACCACCCUGAAGGAAUCCACCAAAACCUUUGACGAAGCCACCGAAGCUCUGAAGAUCUUCCACCGUGCUAUCGCCGAAGGCAUUGAGCCUACAUCUUUCUUGUACAACGCCCUCAUUGGAAAGCUCGGCAAGGCUCGUCGCAUCGACGAUUGCCUCGCCUACUUCGCCGAGAUGCGUGCCACCAACGUCCGCCCUACCAGUGUCACCUAUGGUACUAUUGUCAACGCCCUCUGCCGUGUUAGCGACGAGCGAUUUGCCGAAGAGAUGUUCGAGGAGAUGGAGUCCAUGCCCAACUACAAACCCCGCCCGGCUCCGUACAACUCCAUGAUCCAGUACUUCCUCAACACCAAGCGCGAUCGCAGCAAGGUCCUGUCAUACUACGAGCGGAUGCAGGCGCGAAACAUCAAGCCAACCAUGCACACAUACAAGCUUCUCAUCGACGCCCACGCCUCCCUCGAGCCAAUCGACAUGGAUGCCGCCGAGAAGGUUCUAGAGUCCAUGAAGGCCGCCGGUCAACAACCCGACGCCGUCCACUACGCUUCUCUCGUCCACGCCAAGGGCUGCGAUCAGCACAACCUGCCCGCCGCCCGCAAAGUUUUCGACGCCGUCGUUUCGGACCGUCGCGUCCGCCCGCAACCCUGCCUGUACCAGGCUCUCUUCGAGGCCAUGGUCGCCAACAACAGCGUUUCCGACACCGAGGACGUCGUCAAGAACAUGCUCCAGCGUAACGUCGAGAUGACCGCCUACAUUGCCAACACCCUCAUUCACGGAUGGGCCACUGAAGGCAGAGUCUCCAAGGCCAAGGCUAUCUACGACAGCAUCGGGCGGGAGAAGCGCGAGCCCAGCACCUACGAAGCCAUGACCCGUGCUUUCCUCACUGCUGAUGACCGCACUGCCGCCACUGGCAUCGUCCAGGAGAUGGUGUCUCGUGGAUACCCUUCUGCUGUGGCUAGCAAAAUCAUCGACCUUGUCGGUGGUUCUUCUUCUCCCUCCGCCUAA